AAGGGAAUCUCCUUCUCCCUAUCUCUCUCAAUUAAAUGGUAAGUCCCUUCCCUCUCGAUAAGGAGUGAUGUUUAUUGACUUUUGGCACCACAAAAGAACCAGAAAGUCUCAUGUCUUCGCAGCAAUUCAACUAUAUUUUGUAAUUCCUAUCCUCUUACAAAGUCUUCUAUUAUACCACAAUAUCUUUAACUUUCAACAGACAUGGCAGAAGAAGUGAUCCUUUUAGAUUACUGGCCUAGUCCAUUCGGAACAAGGGCAAGAAUUGUACUUGCUGAAAAGGGAAUCAGCUACAUCCACAAGUUCGAGGACUUGCCCAAUAAAAGUCCUUUGCUUCUGAAAAUGAACCCGGUUCAUCAGAAGGUGCCAGUUCUUGUUCAUAAGGAUAAACCUGUUUGUGAAUCAGAUACCAUUAUUCAGUAUAUUGAUGAAGUCUGGAAUCAGAGUAUUCCCUUAUUGCCCUCUGAACCCCACCAGAGAUAUAUGGCUAGGUUUUUGGUUGACUUCAUCAACAAGAAGGUAUACGAGUCAAGUAUAAAGGUAUGGAUGGGGGCAACAGAAGAGCAAGAAAAUGGCAAGAAAGAACUUGUGGAGUGGUGUAAGUUGUUAGAAGCAGAGCUUGGAAACAAACUUUACUUUGGAGGAGAUGUCUUUGGAUUUGUAGACAUAGCCCUUGUUCCCUUCUACAACUGGUUUAUUGUUUUCAAGAAAUUUGCUAACUUCAACUUAGAAACAGAAUGUCCAAAGCUGGUGAUGUGGGGCAACAGAUGUUUGAACAGAGAUUCUGUAUCAAAGUCUCUUCCUACUUCAGAACAAGUCUAUCAAGCCUAUUUGGAAUUCAAGAGAGGCUGGUGACAUUAUAACUUUUCUCUCGUCCAAAACGUUUAUAUUGGUUCAUUCUAGUUUUUUAAGUUGUCUUGGAACAUCAAUUGCGAAAGAAAAAAAACCAAGAAAAUAGAUAUUUUCAUUCAUCUCAA